CCGCCCCACGGCCCGGAAGAACAAGCGGGAGCUGGGAAGAUGGCGGCGGCAGCGGGAGGCCCGGCGGGCGGCCCGGUGUGUGUGCUGGUGCUGGGCAUGGCCGGCUCCGGGAAAACCACCUUCGUGCAGUGCCUCGCCGCCCACCUGCAUGGGCAGCGCUGCCCCCCCUACGUGAUCAACCUGGACCCCGCCGUGCACGACCUGCCCUUCCCCGCCAACAUCGAUAUCAGGGACACUGUGAAGUACAAAGAAGUCAUGAAACAAUAUGGGCUAGGCCCAAAUGGUGGAAUAGUGACCUCUCUCAAUCUCUUUGCUACAAGAUUUGACCAGGUGAUGAAGUUUAUUGAAAAAAGACAAAAUGCAUCCAGGUAUGUUAUUCUUGACACACCAGGGCAAAUUGAGGUAUUCACCUGGUCAGCAUCAGGAACCAUCAUAACUGAGGCCUUGGCUUCCUCUUUUCCUUCAGUUGUUGUAUAUGUGAUGGACACCUCUCGCAGUACUAACCCUAUCACUUUUAUGUCCAACAUGCUGUAUGCCUGCAGUAUCCUGUACAAGACAAAGCUGCCUUUCAUUGUAGUCAUGAACAAAACUGACAUAAUUGACCACAGUUUUGCAGUGGAAUGGAUGCAGGACUUUGAGACUUUUCAGGAUGCCCUGAAUCAAGAGACCUCCUAUGUCAGUAACCUGACUCGUUCUAUGAGUUUAGUGUUGGAUGAAUUUUACAGUUCACUGAAGGUGGUUGGUGUUUCUGCAGUGCUUGGCACAGGACUGGAUGAGUUUUUUAUCCAGCUUUCUAAAGCUGUGGAUGAAUAUGAGAGAGAGUAUCGUCCAGAAUAUGAGCGCCUGAGAAAAACACUGGAGGAAGCUCAAAAUAAACAAAAGAGAGAGCAGCUGGAACACUUGUGGAAGGACAUGGGCAGCGUGUGUGUGCAGGGCAGCACAGUGGCAGUGACUGAGGAGAGUCAUGAAGAACCAGCCUUCAGAAACUUUAUGCAGGACAUGCGGAUGAAAUGCCAGAGGAGAAGCAACCCAAAGGAAUGAGACCUUCAGAAACAGAAGGUUUGGAAUCACUUGUAAUGGAGUUAAAACUGAAGGAACAGCAUAAAGAAACUUGCAUGGAACCAUUUUUAUCUGUGAACCACUUUUAUCUGUGAACAACUUCCUCUGAUAGAUUUUUAUUUUUCUUUCUGCAGUAACUGUUGGUCCGAUGAGUUAAAGGUCGUGCAGCCAACUGACUGCACAUUUGGCCGUCAGCCACUGUGGCUUCCUGAAGCUGAAGGAAUCAGAAAGCAGUUUCUUUUCCUGCAAGUUCUUCAGAUCUCUCUGUUGAGAGCUUAGAUUUUUGAGCUCUGACAGCAUUAGCAUCCAGAGUACUCACUGGUCCCCAGAGGCACCUUCCAGUUGCUGAGUGCAGUCAGGCAUCUGCUGCAGCCAGGGCACAACUUGAUCGAUCCACUGUUUGAUGUUUUGGUUUUCAUUAAAUAGAGUUUACGUACUAA